CUUUUUUUUUUUUUUUUUUCCCCUCUAUAGAAUGGCUGCCAACAAGGAACGCACCUUCAUCGCCAUCAAGCCAGAUGGUGUCCAGAGAGGACUCAUCGGGGAUAUCAUCAAACGGUUCGAGCAGAAGGGCUUCCAGUUGGUGGCUAUGAAGUAUCAGCAGGCCUCCAAAGAGCACCUUAAGCAGCACUACAUUGACCUAAAGGAGCGUCCCUUCUAUAAUGGACUGGUGGAGUACAUGAACUCUGGCCCCGUUGUCGCCAUGGUCUGGCAGGGUCUGAAUGUGGUGAAGACUGGCCGUGUCAUGCUUGGAGAGACCAACCCAGCUGACUCCAAACCCGGAACCAUCAGGGGAGACUUCUGCAUACAGGUUGGAAGGAACAUUUGUCACGGCAGUGACUCCGUGGAAAGUGCCAAGAAAGAAAUUGCCUUGUGGUUCAAAGAUGAGGAACUGGUUGAAUACAACAGCUGUGCCCAGAGUUGGGUGUAUGAGGACUGAAGCACCCUUUUGGCGGUCACCCGGUUAUCCGUUACUGCUCAAAAAUAUUAAUAUCCAGCACUUGCCUCUCUCCGCCAUCUUGUCAUGUUUCUGGCCUUUUGAGUGCCACCACAGCACUUUUGUUCCAAUAAAUCCUUAAAACUGGCA